CCCCCUUUCUUUGCAUACCAUUGUAAAUAAUACCAAUCUCAUGGGUUAGUUCGUAUUGCGAACGCCUGCUUGAUAGCAUUGUCACUUUGAGCGAUAAUUUAGCGCUGCAAGACUUGAGUGAGUGCAAAUGGUGUAUAAAUGUUUCGAGAUACAAUGUCGAAGCACCUAAUACUUGUUUUAGCAACUUGCUUGUCUGUGCAAGGUGAUUACAAUGAUUUAUUCACGAAUCCAACCGGAACAUUCUAUCAAGAUCUUUCGCUUCAAAAUAGAGCAAAUGUACAAAAUGGCGUACCGGCACAAAGAUUGCCUGUAAAUGGAUUUGGAGACGUAAGGGGUUCUAUUCCUGUUCUUCACACAGAAGAUGUCACAAGCUUUAGCAAUCCUCCGCCGCCAGUUGGAUCAGCUCAAGAUCCCGCAACAAGAACCUGUGGUAUUGCUCCGUCAUUCUGUACCAAGUCCCGGUACCGAUCGUUAGAUGGUACUUGUAACCACCUGGAAAACCCCGGUCUUGGUAUUCCACAGACGCCUUAUAAACGUCUAGUACCGUUUAAGUAUGGGGACGGUGUGAGUCAGUUCGCAAGAUCAGUCAAAGGCGGUCCUUUACCAAACGUUCGAGAAAUUAGUCUUGUUGCGUUUCCCGACAAGCCUUUGGUAGACCCUAAAUGGAAUCUGAAUGCCCAACAGUGGGGUCAAAUAAUAACCCAUGAUAUGUCGCUGACUGCUGGAGUUGCUCAAAGUCACAAAGAUCCGCUGGUUUGCUGUGAUGACAGCGGUCAACUAGCAGCAGAUGCGUACUCCAACCCUCAAUGUGCUCCCAUCAUAAUACCUCCUACUGACAGAGUGAAUGCUCCGCGAGGAACUCAAUGUAUGAACUUUGUGAGGACGGCAUCCACGAGGGAUAGAGGAUGUACCCCUCAGGAUACUCCUGCUCAACCGUUGUCUACAGUAACAGCGUAUAUGGAUUUAUCUCUAGUAUACGGCAACAGUGAGAGCCAGUUGCAACAAAUCCGUGCGUUCCAAGGAGGUCGCCUGAUCACAGUGCUGAGGAACGGUCGCGAAUGGCCGCCGCAAGACCAGAAUGUCACGCUGACUUGUGAAUCCGCACAGUCGCCCAACGAACCCUGCUAUCUGACAGGUGAUCCCCGAGUGAACCAGAAUCCUCAGUUAACAAUAUUACAAGUAAUCCUCCUUCGGGAACACAAUCGCAUAGCAGCUAAGCUCGCCGAAAUGAAUUCCUGGUGGAGCGAUGAGACAAUAUUCCAGGAGGCGAGGCGAAUCCAUAUAGCUGAAAUACAACAUAUCAAUUAUUAUGAGUAUCUUCCUAUCUUCCUUGGAGUUGAGAACAUGGUGAAGAACAGGUUGAUAUACCCUGGCGCACAAGGUUACAUUACUGACUACAAUCCUGAGGUGGAUCCGUCCGUUUUGGAUGAACACGCCACAGCCGCAUUCAGACACUUUCACACUCUUAUACGUGGUUUCUUAGAUUUAAUAACAGAAGAUCGAACUGUCGCUGGUUUUGCCCGAAUGAGCGAUUGGUUCAACCGGCCUUUGUUAAUUGAAGUUGAUAAUAUUUUUGACAAGUUGACUAGAGGAUUGACCACCCAGGCGCAGGGAUUCAGUGACCAAUUCUGGGAUAGUGAAAUAACACAAUUCCUCUUCAGACGUAACAAUACAUUUGGUGGUGAUCUUCGAGCGACAGACAUACAACGUGGGCGGGAUCAUGGUCUCGGAAGCUAUGUUGCCACAAGAGCAGCCUGUGGGUUACCCGUGCCGAAAACAUUCUAUGAAAUGACGGACUUUAUAGCUAAAGAGAACGUCGAUCUCCUCGCAACUUUAUACGAACACGUUGAAGACGUUGAUCUCGUUGUUGGCGGUUCCUUAGAAGUGAAUGUGAUCGGGGCUCAAGCUGGACCCACAUUCCUUUGUAUUCUGACCGAGCAGUUCUAUAGAACCAGAGUUGGGGAUAGAUACUUUUAUGAGACUGGUGAUCCAGAUAUAGCUUUCACUCCAAGUCAGCUGCAGUCAAUCCGACAUGGUGCGUCGAUGGCUCGGAUUUUAUGUGAUAAUGCCGAUAACAUACGCUAUAUGCAGCCUAGAGCCUUUGAACUUAUUUCUACUGGGAAUAGGCCCGUACUUUGUGAUCAGCUGCCCGCUAUCGAUUUGAAUUUAUGGCAAGACCACGGAGGAGCAUAUGUUUGAUGUUUUUAACUGUCAUAGUCCGGAGUCAACAGCACGCAUUCAAGGGGAUUGAACAUCACAAUGGAAUAUUGUAAAACUAAUUUUCUUGAACGAAAUAGCGUUAGUAAAACUGUCGAGAAUUAUAAUUAACUAGCAGGCCCGACACACGUUGUUCUUACAUAAUCGGACAUAAUAAAUAAAAUACUUUUUUUAUGAAUUUGUCAAUAAUAUUUCAUAACACCAAGAAUUAAUUCGUAAAAUAUGCGUAUAUAAGUUGUUAUAAUGAAAUUGUUUCUCAGCAGAACUGUCAAACCGUGCGUCAAUAAAUUCUCUCAUAGAAAAUAUGUCCAUACAAAACAAAAUAUUGGAUAUAAAAAUUAUUACGGGUCCCAAAUCGAAAUAAAUACUAUCCUAUCUCUCAAGUUGGACUAAACUGCACUCCAUGGAGUAAUCCCCAUUAAAAUCCGUUCAUUAGUUUAGGAGUCCAUCGCGGACAAACAACGUGUCACGUAAUUUGUAUAUAUUAAGAUUAAAACCGUAUUGUCUUACAAAUAAACUUGGUAUUAAGUUAUACCUGAUAAUAAACCAAUAAUAUGCAAAAUUUUCACUAUAUCGCUGACAACACUGUCAAUACAAUGAUAGUUCUGAAGUUUUCCGAAUGUCAGGUAACCUUGCAAAUAAACGCGGGAAACGUUAUACGACCGAAUAAACCAAUCAUAAACAAAAUGUCGAUUGUUGGUUUAUUCUCAGGUACUUAUAACUUUAUACCAAGUUUAUUUUUAAGGCCGAUAUACAUUGUUAGUAAAAAAAAAUUAUAAGAAGAGUAAAACUCUGGCCUGACAUUAGUUUUUUAUGUUUCGUGAUCUUUGACCCGAGCUUGCAUUGCCAACGCUGAAACCAACACGCGUGUCCAAUAGCUCGCACCUACAUAAAUGAUGUUGCAGAUGAGUGUGGGCGGCGGUGAUCACCUGUCGUUAGGUGACGCUUGUCCUCCAUUUCUAUAAAAAAUAUUAUCUUGGUGGUUAUAAUAGUAUCUAUCCAACUGCGGUAUUUCAAAUUGCGUGUAGUAGAGAUUUAAGAAAAAUAUUGCCAUCAGCCUCGAAGUGCUAUUUUAAGUAAAUUAAAGUCUUUUAAAUUUUAUUACUAUUUAUAAAGGAAUGGUUAAAUUGUAUAUUAACAGAUAGUUGGCGAUAGGAUAAAAUACAACAAUAUUUUAUAUAUUAUAAUACUACCCAUUACUAUGUUAUACCUACUUUUAUGUUAUUAUAGUUUAGUAUAUAAGAAUAAUAAAUUCUAUUUAUUUCCUAUCUACUCUUAAGGCUAUCCCAAGAAAUCGCCAAAAUAGCGAAAAAUUUAAACCAUGUUUCAACGCUUCAUAUGAAGCUUAUAUUCUGACAAAAAAUAAUUAUUUGUGUACAGAAUAUGAGAAGAAAAAUCAUUUUUUCUUUACAUUUCUAUCUUUAAUAGACAUUGCGAAAAAAAAUCACUGACCCAAAGUUAUGGGACAUGAAGGGAAAGUACCUUAAAUAUCGUAGUUGUCGUUUUUAUUAUGUUUGUCUUUUUUAGAAAAUCUUUGAAUGCAGAAUUACUAACUUUUAAAAAUAACAUAAAGUCUUCUUUCAGUAAAAUACCCUAUCUACGAUAUUUAAGGUACUUUCCCUUCAUGACCCAUUACUUUGGGACAGCCUGUAUAACUAUAUUCAACAUAAUUGUACAAAAAUAUAAUUUUAUUGGUAUUUAUCACUGUCGUUAUGUACAUUUUGUGUGUCUUCAUUAUUAUUGGCAGUUUGUUGUAUAAUUAGUUCGGUAUAUAAAUGUUGUAAAAUCUGAUAUAUUAUUAGAAAUUUACUGAAAGGAAUGCAUAAUUUAAAUGUCUUAAUAUAAAAUCUCUAUUGCUCUCUCUCUAUUUACGCCUCUGGGAUCUAUUGUUUAUACCUGAUCAUAUUCUUAAACAUGACACAUGACUAAAUCAGUAAUACAAGAUAAUAUACCAUGUAUUUGCACGUACAAAAAAAAGAUUAUUACUUUGAAAUUACAUAACGUGAUUUUAUAAAAUAAUUUCAAUAGCAAUAUUUGGGACUUAGCAGACUGUUUUUUGAGUUGUUCUGUAAUUAAUAAAUUGAAAUUGGAAUGAUAACAGUUUUUGGAUUAUUCAUCUUUAAUGUUGGUACACUUCCAUUAUGUCGAUUAUCGAUUACUUGCGUACAAAGUACACAUGUCAUAAGUGAAACCUGCUAUGAAAGACAUUACUAUCACCGCUACCAUAUUUUUGUUCUCCUGGUGUCUAUGUCAUCGUGCACAUGAUGUCAGAAUAUAUUAUGGAAUACUCGCGUCAUACACAAGACAAUCUCUUCUUCAACUAUGAUCGCCUGGUACCAAACCACUGUAUAAUGCUUCCUACGAGUAUCUCAUCUUCUUCCACGUUAAAUCUUAUUAAUUUAUGUGUCUCUCUCUUUUUACUGUCUCGCUUUUUCGUUUCAUCGACUUUUAAAUAACAACGAUGCUAAAUAAGUUUUCACUCCAUUAAGCUGUAGUUAUAAAAUAUUAAUAUACUCUGAAUUAGGCGCGAAAACGCUCGUUAGUGUCAUGGUUGCCGAUUACGUCAGCCUCAGAAAUUGAUGCUUGGGCGUAAUGUAACGACCAAAACUCCAAGAGACGCGGGGUUGGUAAUUGAGCCGUGACGUCAUUUGUUUCAGUUAAUAUGGCCGAUUCUUUUAUAUUUUUAUUUAAUCGAAUAUUACCUUCCUAAUAUCUAUAUUUAUAUUAAAACUGGGGCACUUUUUAGAAUUUUUCACAUUCUUUCACUACUGGGUCACUUUCAUCAUGUAUGAAUCAAAAUAUGAUAACUGUCAUUAUGUUCAUUGCAAAAUUUUAUAAUAUAUAUUGUUUAGUAUCAGUAGAAACAUUUUAUAUUUAGCUGUGAUUUAUUAAUACGACUAUAGUGUUAAAUUAUAAAUAAAUAAUUUCAAUACAA